UUGCAGAGGACUGCUCAGUGGAAGGCAUCCACCCUUGCUACAGGGAAAUGUGCAACAGCCAGCAAAGAUGCCACAUUGAGCUUUUGAAGGACCAGUCCUGCCCUGCCACCUAAAAAUAUCUGCAGAUGGUCUAUAGCUGUGAACAGAAAGUAUGUCUCGAUAGUCUGGGCAUCGCCGACGGCAGCGUUGCAGACUCUUCCUUCAAAGCCUCCUCAAUGAAAGACGCCACCCCAGUAAAAGCCCGCCUCAACAGGGAGUCCUGCUGGAAGCCGUCAAGAAAUCCCGUCGGCAGCUGGAUCCUGGUGAACCUCGGCUACAAGAGAAAGGUGACGUCGAUCGUGACCCAGGGGUGUGAUAGCAACAAUACUCGCUCCUGGGACAUCAAACUUGAGAUGAGACUAAGCGUUGACAAGAGGAAGUGGACCAAACACCCGGACGGGAAGGUGAGCGCGGGGGGGCCAAUCAAGAAACAUUCCAUUUCUACGUAG